AUGAAUUUUGAACAGGACAAGUCAGAAGUGCUUCGAAGCUAUGAAGUUUUACGUGAAGAGCCGGAAAGACAAGUGAAUUAUUUAACAGCUGCAAUAAUUGAAAUAGAAGAUAAGCUUAUUCGGAAUAAACAAAGUUACGAAGAACAAAUGCAAAAAAUCGGUGAAUUAUUUCAAUCAGAUGUCAACAAUUUAAAGAAAUUGCUGAAUGAACUGUGCACUCAACUUGAAAUUCAAUCUUUAAAUCUAAAUCAACUUGGGAAAUGGUUGAAAGCUACUCAAGGAUGGAUACGGAUUCGAAAGUAUAUCUAUCAACAAAAGUAUAUAAGUUGGAAAAUGGAAUUAAUGCAAACUUAUUAUCAUAUCCAAACUGUUGAUUCAUGCAAAGAAUUUGUUAGGGUUAUCUUCGGGAAUGAAGCAGCGAAUUAUCCUAUAUGGAAAAAAAGCCAACAUCAGUCCAUGGAAAAAACUAGAUUUAAUCUAUGGAAAACUGAGCGAUCAUGGCUACAGUAUAGACGUGAAAUAAUGGAAGCACAAUUAAGUAUUAAGUCCAAAGAUGAAAUAAACCGCAUCGAGAAUGAAUUAAGAAGUCGUGAGGCAAUUAAAAGAACUUCUAGUCAUCAUUCUAACAAAAUAAAGGAUAAAAAAGACAGAUUUCUUGAUGAGACAACAUCACGGAUAGUACCAAAUAGUGAAUUACUGAAGUAUCCUUAUAGUUACAACCAUCCAUUACAUAUACAUGAACAACAGUUGAUAAAAACACAAAAUCAUUUGAAAGUUGAACAGCUAUCAACACAGAAUAAAAUAAGAUUAAAACAAGGGGAGCUGAAUUCAAUAUUGAAUUACGUUAAAGUGGUAAAAUGUCAAAUAGCAAGUCACUACAUCAUAUGUACAAAGGUUAAUUUAAAUGAACUGGAAAAAAGAAGGCGCAUGCUAACUGAACUUCUAAUAUUGUUGGAUGAAUUACGAAAAACUGCAGCUGCUGAAAUGGACAAUUUAACCAAAGAAAGGACAAAUUCAUUUGCGAUGAGAAGUAAGCUGGAAAAAGAAUUGA